UUCCUUCUAUAAAAGAAGAUCAUGAUACAAGACACAAACCACCACUAAAAUUUCCUUUUAACAUAGUAGUAAAUUAGCAAACAAUUAGAACCAAAGUUGUGAUAUGGCACAAGUGAAGUUGCUAGGUUUUUGGUAUAGCCCAUUUACUCACAGGGUUGAGUGGGCUCUAAAGAUUAAGGGAGUCAAAUAUGAAUAUAUAGAAGAAGAUCGAUAUAACAAGAGCCCUUUACUUCUUGAAUCGAACCCUAUUUACAAGAAAGUCCCAGUGCUCAUUCACAAUGGCAAGCCCAUUUGUGAUUCUAUAGUCAUUCUUGAGUACAUAGACGAGAUAUUUGAAGGCCCUUCCAUCUUGCCUAAAGACCCUCAUGAGAGAGCUUUAGCUCGUUUUUGGGCUAAGUUCCUUGAUGACAAGGUGGGAGCGGUGGUAAAUACAUUUUUACGCAAAGGAGAGGAGCAAGAGAAAGGUAAAAAGGAAGUUUGUGAGAUGUUGAAAGUUCUUGAUAAUGAGCUCAAGGACAAGAAGUUGUUUGUUGGUGACAAACUUGGUUUUGCUGAUAUGGUUGCAAAUUUGGUGGGACUUUGGAUGAGCGUUUUCGAAGAAGCAUCUGAAGUUGUAUUAGCAACAAAUGAAAAUUUUCCAAAUUUUUGUGCUUGGAGAAAUACGUAUAUUAGUUGCAAUCAAGUCAAAGAAUAUCUACCCUUAAGAAUUGAUGAGCUACUUGCUUUUUAUCAAGAUCGUGUUCGCGCUCUGGCUACAACUUUAGCUACUCCUCAAAAAUAAAUGAAUACUCUUAUAUGUGUUGGAUUGUAUUGGAAUAAGAUUGUGAUUCUAGGAAGACUCUCGUAGAUUCAAUUAUGUAUAAGUGUGCAAAUAAAGAAAAGAAAUUAAAAUGUGUGUUUGUAUAAGACUGUGCAAAUAAAGAAAAGAAAUUGAAAUGUGUGUUUGUAUAA